AUGCGCUCCGCUCGCACUCCUCGUCUCCCGCCUGGGUCUCGCUAUCGCACGCUCAAGCGCCAGCGACGCUUGCGCUGUCGAGGAAGCCCCACGCCUUGCGGCUGUCCUCCUCCCGCCUCCAGACCUGCUACGCCUCGCAAGACUCGCUCCCGCCGCCUGAAUCACUCAACACUCAGCUCCCCUCGCGCCUCGAACAGGAUGGCGAAACGACGGAAGGUGCGACCAAGGGUGCCUCUCACUGCGGACGACUUGGAGUUCGGUCGGCGGGCGACAGCGACAGCCCGCGCGAAGCUUGAGGCUCAACGACUCCUUCAACCCGUCGUGCCAGCAAUCCAGCAGGAUGACGACGAUUCGGAUGCCAGCGACGACUCUGUCACCCCUUCAUCCGCUCGACGCACGCCUAGCCCCACGCCAGACCCUGCGCCUGCGCCAUCGUCGUCGCCUGGGCGAGCCUCGCCAGAGCUGGGCGUCUUCCCCAGCGAGCAUACCCCUCUGGACUCGACCGACCCGGAGGACGAAAUCGUCGUCGUUUCCUUCCAACCGUCCGCGAAGAAGGCGAGGGUGAACCGCAAGAGACGGCUCAGCUCCUCGCCCAGUCUCGAAGUCGCAAAUGGUGCGAAGCGCUCGAGGCCGGACAAGAAGCGCGCAACAACGUCUCGGCACCGCUCGAGGACACCGAAGGAAACGGGAGACAUCAAGCCCUCGCCUCGCUCCUCCUCCGUCGGCUCCGCUUCAUCCGCGACCAACACCUCUUCCUCCUUUGUCCUUUCAACAACGACUGCGGCAACCGUUGCUUCGGCAUCAGCGACCGGUUCUGCGGCCAUUAACGUCGAAAUCGCUGGUUACCAAAAAUCUUUGCUGGGCGAAGGAAGUCGUCUGGCCGAGGAUGGACAUCUAGGCCAACUCGACGCGGUGGCGGACAAUGCACUCCUCUUCUCAUGUGCAGACUUUCGCGCGGUUACAGAGCAGUUCCGGGCCCAAACGGUCCUGGCAGAGCAGGAGGAAACGGCAACUGGCGAACCGGAGGAGGAGCGAAGGUCGUGGUGGAGCUGCUUCGUAGCGUUUCUGCAUUAG